AGCCCGCCUUUAGUUUCUCUGUGGUUCUGGCCUUUGCUGCAGUUCCUUUGUUUCCGCUUCCGGGGCGUGUGCUCCUCUUGGCGUCGCCGCUCCUGCCGGCAAGAUGGUGAACGUUCCCAAGACCCGCCGGACCUACUGCAAGAAGUGUGGCAAGCACCAGCCCCAUAAGGUGACCCAGUACAAGAAGGGCAAGGACUCCUUGUAUGCCCAAGGAAAGAGGCGCUACGAUCGGAAGCAAAGUGGCUAUGGCGGUCAGACCAAGCCAAUCUUCCGUAAGAAGGCCAAGACCACAAAGAAGAUUGUGCUGAGGCUUGAGUGUGUGGAGCCCAAUUGCAGGUCUAAGAGGAUGCUGGCCAUUAAGAGGUGCAAACACUUUGAACUGGGAGGAGACAAGAAGAGAAAGGGCCAGGUUAUCCAGUUCUAAGCUCCACCUGCUAUGGUACAUUAAAGUAUGUUGAAACAAUCUGCUCCUCUCGUACUUCAUCCUUACUGCUAGAGGUGGGGACUUGGCUAUUGCAAAUCCAGUGGGAGCUGCUCCUGGAGAUCUGACAAGUGGCUGAAAAUUAGUGUGUGGGGUGAGGUUGUUGCUCACAGAAGCUGUAAAAUAAAUUUCUCUACAGCUA